AUGGCUAGCAACAAGAAACUUCAACAACAGGGUGUGAUUGAAGAUCUAAAUAAUAUCAAUAAUAAUGCACAUCGUAAUAUCCACACUAAUCCAAUUGAAAUAACAACACACCAACCAUCGUCUUCACUGGAACCAAAUAUCGGCUGCAAUAAUAAAAAAGAACAGGUUCAUAAAAAGCCGGGGAGAGCCUCGUCUAAUGAUUUUGUUCGAAAAUUAUUCAAUAUAUUGGAAAAUGAGGACUGUAAAGAUAUAAUACAGUGGACGGAAAGUGGAGAAAGCUUUGUUAUAUUGAAUACAAAUGAUUUCACCACUUAUUUAUUACCCAACCAUUUUAAACACUCGAACUUUUCUAGUUUUGUCCGGCAAUUAAACAAAUACGAUUUCCAUAAAGUGAAGAAAACCAAUGAAGAGAAACAAAAUUGUAAAUAUGGUCUUCAGAGUUGGGAGUUUUAUCAUCCUAAUUUUAAGAUUCAUGAUAAAGAAUCAUUACAAUUUAUUAGAAGAAAAAUAACUAAUAAUAAUAAUAAUAAUAAUAAUAAUAAUAAUAAUAAUAAUAAUAAUAAUAAUAAUAAUAAUAAUUUGAACAAUGUUACCUCUACAAUGAAUAUCAAACCAAAGGACAACAACUAUAAUAAUGGUUACAAUUUAUCGGACAACAAUAAUUUUGUUACUGCCAACACAAUAGCGGCGGUUUCCAAUAAUAACAUAAACCAAGAAUCUUUGGCUGAACUUUCAAAAAAUAUUUCAAAUUGUGUUACCAAGACAAGAUUCGUUCAGUUGAAAAAAAAAAAUGAAGAAUUGGAGAAAUCCGUUGGUACUUUGAAAAUUGAGAACAAUUAUUUGAAAUUAGAGUUCCAGAAAUUGAAUUCAAGAUAUAACACCAUGCUACAAUCCUUAAUAUCAAUGCAAAUGGUACAACAAUCAUUUGCUUUGGGAUUGAACAACAUACAAAGCACUUUGUUAAAAAACGGUAUAAAAAUAGAACAUAAUAUGGACCAACAACAUAUAAAACUCAAGCCUGAACAAGCAAUAAAUAGUUCCUCUGAAAGAACAUCUCCAUCACUUAACACUAAUAUACCCCCUAUUAACUCUCCUUAUACCCAAGGGUUUGUUAAUGAAAACAACGGUAACAAUAAUACUAACGGCACAGGUCUUCCUAUGUUGCUGAAUAUUUAUAAUGGUCCAUCUUCUGUUUCUAAAAACGAUAUCAAUAGAAAUGAAGCAAUAUUUAAUUAUUCUCCCUCCGAAAAUUUUGUAAACGCCCAUAAUUUGGUCACUAAUAAUCAUACCGGGACUUACAAUAAUGGCGCCAAUCGUUUAGACAACAAAGCCUCGGCACCAACCAACAAUAAUAAUAGUAAUAAUAUUUUGAAGCCCGGAUUCCAUGUUUUAUUAGUGGAAGAUGAUAGCAUCUGCAUCCAACUGUGUUCUAAAUUUUUAAAAAAAUAUGGCUGUACUGUGGAAAUAGCUACAGAUGGGUUGUCUGCCAUCACUACUUUAGAGAAGAACAGGUACGAUUUGGUUUUGAUGGAUAUUGUCAUGCCAAAUUUGGAUGGUGCUACUGCUACUUCAAUCAUUAGGAGCUUUGAUAAUGAAACACCAAUUAUUGCCAUGACUGGAAAUAUAGAUGAUCAUGAUUUGGUAACUUAUUUACAAAAUGGUAUGACAGAUAUUUUAGCUAAGCCCUUUACUAAAAAUGAUUUGCAUUCCAUGCUAAUUAGGUAUUUAAGGAAUAGAGUUCCCAUUUCAUCAUCAGUAAACAAAAGUGCUACCAAUAGUGGUAUUGAAGGACAUUUAAAUACAAAAGGAUUAAGUCAGACUAGUACCGUAAACACUACUCCACUCACCGAUAUCAAUAACAAUAAUAAUAACAAUAAUAAUAACAAUAAUAGUAAUACACCCGGUAGUAGUAUUCAUGAACAGCAGUUGCCUAAUGCGUCAGUUCCCCAUCUAAGCAGUAACUAUCGAGUUUCUACAAUAUCCACCGUUUCGCCCCACUCUGUUGCCACUGUUGGUUCAACGCUUUCUGUCGAAGCAGCUUUACCACCCGAACAACCUAAUUUGUCCAAGGCUGGCAAUACCUCUGCAACACUUGCAUCUUCCGGUGUUCCUAUAAAUACUUCUGUGAUAGAUACAUCAAAUGCAAAUAUAGGAAAUCCUAUGAAUUGUAAUAACAACCUCAUUUCUAUUUCUGAGAAUGCUACUAUUGUAGGUACAGUUGCUGCUGAAAAUAGUUUACAUAAAAGUAAAGACACUAUUAAUAAUCGAGACAGUAAUAAUAAUGAUGAUGAAGGUAAUAAACAUCAUCAUAAUUCCGAAAGUUUUUUCGAACCACCUUCAAAAAAGCAACAUGUAUAA